UCCAACUCCUGGCUCCACACAGGACCACCCACAAAUCAGACACACUCAGUCUGAGAGUGUUGUCCUUGAACUCCGUCAGCUUGGAGCUGCGCACUGCCCUGGGGAUUCUGUUCUGUGCCCACCGCCUUCUGCUGAAGAACCAUUCCCACUCGACCCGCCCUCCCCUGACACAGCUCCAUGCCGUGCCCUUGGGCCUUGUCGCUGUCACACAGAGCAGAGCUCAGCGCUGCCCUUCCGCUCCCUGUGAGGGCCUCAGCUCCUCUGCUCCGGGCUGAGCUAACCAGGGGACCUCAGCCGCUUUCAUACGCUUUGUCCUCCGUGCCGUUCAGCACCUUCGUAGCCCUGCGCUGGACACGCUAGAGUGUCUAGAAGAAAACUGAACAUCCAUAUUUGCUCCCUGGCUAUCCCAUCCCCAACUCUGCAGGGGGCAGCAGAUUCUAACCAACCUUUUGAUCACGGAGUUGGGCAAUCAGUGUCUGCCCCAGUAAAGGAAUGUCGGUCUGGGUGCCUGGAGCACCGCCAGGCAUUACGUUCCCGUGGGGCUGGGCUACGCCCAGGCCAAGCACACCAUUCAGAAACUCUCCAUUCCGUUGUCGGGUUUUGCUGCCCACCUCCAGGGCAGCCCCGGCUGGACAGGAGGGGUCACGCUCCGCCCCGGGGGACUUUGAGCUGAGCGGCAGGCUGCCCUUCUCUCCGGCCACCAUUUGUGCCAUCGGGGGCAUCGGGCUGCCUGCGGCCAUGGCGGGCGAGUACCGGCUGCUGCUGGCGAACGCCCGGCAACUGGUGCUGGUGUGCGGCCACGGCGAGCAGUACUUGCUGCGGGAGGGCAUGGCGAGGCUGGACGUGCUGCACGAUGCCAGCCUGGUAGUGGGGCUAGAUGGCUGUAUAAAAGCCGUGGGCCCGGCAGAUGCUAUCCGCCGCCGCUUUGCAGGAGCAACGUUUGAAAGUAAAAUUGACUGCACUGGGAAGUGCGUAUUGCCAGGCCUGGUGGAUGCGCAUACACAUCCUGUGUGGGCUGGUGAUAGGGUGCAUGAGUUUGCAAUGAAGCUGGCAGGUGCUUCCUAUAUGGAAAUCCACCAGGCUGGAGGAGGAAUACAUUUCACUGUGGAACACACUCGGAAGGCCACAGAAGAAGAGCUGUUUGCUACUUUCAAAGACCGACUUGAACGCAUGUGCAGAGCAGGAUCUACUUUGGUUGAGUGCAAGAGUGGAUAUGGCUUGAACUUAGAAACAGAACUCAAAAUGCUGAGAGUGAUUGAACGUGCUAGGCAGUCCAUGGAUAUUGGCAUUUCUUCAACUUACUGUGGAGCUCAUUCUGUGCCAAAAGGGAAAACUGCUAUUGAAGCUACAGAUGACAUUAUUAAUAACCAGCUCCCUAAACUGAAAGAACUCCAACAAAGUGGUGAAAUACAUGUUAACAAUAUAGAUGUGUUCUGUGAGAAGGGAGUCUUUGAUCUGGAUUCUACCAGGAGAAUUCUUCAAGCUGGAAAAGAAACAGGUUUACAGAUUAACUUUCAUGGUGAUGAACUCCAUCCAAUGAAAUCUGCGGAGCUUGGAGCUGAACUAGGAGCCCAGGCUAUCAGCCACCUAGAAGAAGUUAGUGAUGAAGGUAUCACAGCAAUGGCAAAAGCUAAGUGUGCAGCUGUCCUUCUGCCAACCACUGCCUACAUGCUAAGACUGAAGCAACCUCAAGCCAGAAAAAUGUUAGAUGAAGGAGUUAUUGUUGCUCUUGGCAGUGAUUUUAAUCCUAAUGCAUAUUGUUUUUCAAUGCCUAUGGUGAUGCAUCUGGCCUGUGUAAACAUGAAGAUGUCAAUGAAUGAAGCCCUAGCAGCUGCCACCAUUAAUGCAGCUUAUGCUCUGGGAAAAUCAGACACGCAUGGUUCCAUAGAGAUUGGCAAGCAGGGGGAUCUUGUUAUUAUAAAUUCAUCAAGGUGGGAGCACUUGAUAUACCAGUUUGGGGGACAUCAAACAUUGAUCGACUAUGUUAUAAUUAAAGGAAAAAUUGUCUACAAAAAUGGGAGCUGUGAUAUGGUGAGCAGUUACUGAAAGAAGACAAUCAUUUGCAUGGAUUAUUUUAAAGCAACAGACAAAUCAGAUUUGUAUUUACUAUAUAAAUUGUUUCACUGCUCUUCUUACCACCCCUUUUAUUCAAAUGAACUUUAUCAAGCAAAAAAAAAUU